CUAGAGAUACCACAGGAAUGACAGGAGGAAGCCGCCUUGCCCCACAUCCGCAUUUACUCAUUCAACUCACUUCACUGGAAAACAAUAACGCCCAGGAUACACACAAGCUUUCGUGCAUCUGAUCUCUUUAUUCUUCCCGUUCGUUGUUUUUUCACUGUUAUUUAUUUAUUUAAUUUAUUUUAUUUAUUUAUUUGUUUUCCAAAGUUACCGUAUACGAGGUGUCCAUGAUUGUUUACACGCAGUUUACACGCAAGCGCGAAUGAUGAAAUUUUAUGCUGAAUGAAUGUUGGAGUCUCUCUGCAUUGCUUGAAUAAAGAUGCUGGAAGAUUUGAGUGGGACACACACCAGACCAGGCAACCUUAAAACAGGCUCGUUCAGCUUCUCUGCCCUGGCGUCCCUACCGCACUGCCUUCACAUGGACUCCAGUACACACCCUAUCAGGAGGACUCUGUACCGGUUGAGGUUAGUGAGCUCUCCAAACCUGAGUCAGCUGGGCAAGAAUGAGAAGGCAUCGCUGGAGGAACGAGGAUCUGGGCCAAAUGCCACAUGGAACAGCAUUCACAAUGCAGUUAUUGGUGUUUUCCAAAAGAAGGGACUGGCUGACAAUGAGCUCUACAUACUCAAUGAAGGUGUAAGGCAGCUGUUGAAAACUGAACUGGGUUCUUUUUUCACUGAGUAUCUGCAGAACCAGCUUCUGACCAAAGGGAUGGUCAUUCUAAGGGACAAAAUACGAUUCUAUGAAGGUCAGAAAUUACUCGACUCCCUGGCUGAGACGUGGGACUUCUUCUUCUGUGAUGUUCUCUCCAUGCUACAAGCCAUCUUUCACCCAGUCCAGGGGAAGGAGCCGUCAGUACGACAGCUGGCUCUGCUGCUCUUCAGGAACACUAUAACUCUUAACAUGAAGCUGGAUGAAGCUCUGUCCAGACCGCGUGCCCGUGUCCCUCCGUCCAUCGUCCAGAUGCUUCUGGUCCUCCAGGGUGUUCACGAGUCACAAGGUGUGACAGAGGACUACCUGAAGCUGGAGUCACUCAUUCAGAAGGUGGUGUCACCCUACCUGGGAACACAUGGGCUCUGUGCACACGACUGUGACGCCACCCACUGUUCAUGCACUAUAGAAAAUCGCCUGCAGUGGUCCAAACCUGCAGAAAUCCUCUCCAUCAACCCAGUGGUGCGCUCCAAGAGCUACAACAUCCCCAUGCUCACCCCCGUGGCCGAGUACGACACGGAGGUCGGCUCAGUGGGUAGCGUGGGUAUCCGUCGCCACUCUGCCUGUGAGGUCACUUCCUGUAUAGAACAGCAGGGCUUCCCCCUAUCUGUCAGCGUGGAGACAAGCUCCAGCCCCGGGAUCUCGCUUGACCACGAGCUCACCUUACCAACGGCAAAGCGUGGAGCCACGGCACAGCCUGCUCUCAUCCUUCCCUCCAUCUUUAUCCAAAACUCUGCAGGGCAUUUACACGCUCAGACGUCUAUCUCAGAGACAGAUAAAGCCACGUCUUCACCCACUAGCUGCUCCUCAAGCCCUGAAACCAUUGUCAUGCAGGGUGUAGACUCUGUGGAUUCCGAUCAAGACGGGAUAUUCAUAGACUUUUCCCACUGCCGCUCGGACUCUUUUGGUAACAACAGGAAGACGAGCUGAUUUGUGGAACAGACUGAAAUUAACCCUAUGAUUUAUUUAAAUCACUACACACACGGCAUGUGCUGAUACUGACAUUUUCAAACUCGCCUGUGAUCAAUGGGAAAACCUGAUAUGAGAACAGAACUUCUUUUCUUUUUUUUUUCCCAAAGUAAGAAACCUGAGAAGACAGCUGUCCUUGCGCUGCUUUCCAAAUGGAAGUCUUUUACUCUUUAAUCUCAGGAGUACAAAUGCUCACUCUCUAGGAAGCCUACUCACAAAUAAAACACAGAGCUAGUGAUGUGUGUGAAUAUCACACUGUACUGUAUGACCAUUUAUCAACAUUCAGACUGUGCUUGGGCAGACCUCAAUUUAAAUAAAUAAAUAAAUAAAUCCAACAAAGAGAAAAAAGCAGAUACUGCGUUGGAUGUUUUCUAGCAAACACUUUUAAAAAGAUGUACUACACCUGUAGAUGUAUUUCUGAAUUUAUUUUAGCUUGUUUUGUAGGUAUGUUGCUUAUAUUUUUGGAAUUUUAUUUGGCUCAGUAAUUCUCAAUGAAAGUAUAAAUACGAAAUACUGAAAUAUGUGAUCACCCAGCAUUAUGAUUUCUUUCAUGCUUGUGCCUUUGUCAUUCAGGUACAGUGUAGUUUUGGUGUUAAACACCAUAGUUCAUAUUUGCUGUCUGUCCAAGAACAUGUGAUUGUACAUGUUUAACAUAAUCAUGCAAAAAAUAGUUAUUUUGUUGUGAUGCAUUACAACGUAGGUUUUUUUUUUGCAUAUUAUAAACAUUAGUAGAAAUAUUUAAUUCUUUUAGCAUUAUUUGAUAUGCAAACUAUUCUAAGAUGUUAUUACCUGAUGAUUUUUCAACCAUAAAUAUUUUAUCUUACAAAUGCACGGUAUGAAUCAACCUGCAUUACAGCAUUAAAUAACAAGGAAGACUAGUGAUAUUCUAACAGAUAUUAGGAAGACAAUAGAGGAGAUGUCCUCAAUUUUUAAGUAAUAAUAAUUGUGUUUAAAUUGUAAGGCUUUAAGGCUUUUGAGAAAAUGUGAACUGUGUUUGGAUUGUAAAUAGAUUAUGUAAUUGUUCCAUUUCUAUCAUAAAAUGAUCCAUUUCUAUCUUACAAUAAGUUUUUAGGGCAUAUUUAUAAAGCUGUCAUCUGAUUACAUGUUUAUGUAGUUGUAUAGAAUUUUUACAGUGUUUGUUUUCUGUUUUCCUUUAUUAUUUAUAAAUAAUAGUAUUGGGAUAUUAAGUGGAAGUUGUUUUUUUUUUUUUUUUUGACAAUCUGUGCAAAUUGGGUUUAUUACAGUGUCUUUGCUGCUUUGUUAUAAUACUGAAUAACUAUAAAGUUAUUGCUUUGGCACUAAAAAUUCUACCUUUUUAUGGCUCAGUACCAGAGCUGUCAGCAGCAGGGGGCGCUGUAGUGCUAGGGGUCCGAGUCACGGUUCACUUUAGUACUGUUCUUUUAUCAAACCACGUUGGCUAACACGAUUAAGUCGGGUUUGCUGUAUUUUGUUUUUAUAUAAUAAACAUUUGAGACUUUUAA